ACUAGUUCUGGGUGGAGUCCGCGUACACGUCCUAGGAGAUGUCUGGCAGUAGCAACACCUCAGAAGCGGCCCCGGCACCGACGAUUCAGCAGUACAGACUUUACUUUCUCGUCUGUUGUGUUGUGGUAGUCAGCGCCGGGUUUUUCUACUACCAGCAAUUUGCGUCUGCAGGCCAAAAGGCUUGCAAGACCGCUCCGUCGCUCGCUGAGCUACCUCCUGAUGGGCCUACACCCCAAAACGUUACCUCCUAUAAAAUCAUCUCCUUACCCUCGGACAAGGUCAACAUACGUGCUGUAUACCUGGACCGUCGGCCUAGGAAUGGCUUCAACUAUGCCUCCGUGUUUUUGGUUGAGAUUCACAGGGAGCUGGCAAAGAAAGGAGGUGGAAUAGUAGCCUGUGGUACCAGUGAAGCAGUAAGUAAGGCUCUUGAGAUCCGUGUGGCCGGUAACAUGAACUGGAUCCACCGAUGGCAUACUGAGAUAAACCAUGACGUGGCCAUGAUUGACUGCUUUGGACUGCCAGCCAACACUUCCUCUGGUGCGCGUGUCUUCCUAUGGUACCGCAUCAAGGAUGGUGGAGACUUGUAUCGUGUGGAGUCAGAACAAACAUACUUUGUCCCCCUAGAAAAGGACGCAGGAGACAGGGACAAGCUAAAGACUGUGGUGUGCAUGGCUGUCCUCUAUAGCAGCCCACCCUACAUAAGACAGUUCCUCCGCUACUACAAACACCUUGGUGUAGACCACAUCUACAUAUUGGCAGAGGACAGCUUUAUACGGAGUGGCGUCCUUGAAACUGACAAGUUCGUCGAGGAGGCACUUAGGGAUGAAUUCAUCUCAUAUUCAGUGUGGCACAAAUGGCUAAGUCCACGCGAAGUGUAUCAUCACUCCCAGAUGCUCGCCUAUGAGAACUGCAUCUACAGGUUCCAGGGGACGUAUGACUAUGCCUUCUUUGUGGAUUCGGAUGAUCAUUUCAUUCCUCUAGUCCCCGAUCAAAAGAAACUUGAUUACUACAUUAAGAGCUACUGUACGAAUGGGGCCUGUUCCUUCUUGUGGAAAGAAUACUUUACUGACUGUGGCCAGGACUGGAGCAGACUGGGUCCUCAUGGAAAUGUCACCAACACUCUUCUCUCGCACACACACGUUAUUCGUGGCAAGGGAGAGGAAAAAUCUCUCUACAGAAUUUCAGCAGCACUGGAUGCUGGGAUACACAGCCCAAGGCAACUAAUGAAGGGACAUGGAUCCAAAACUGUGCCUUUAAAAGUUGCUUAUGUGGCUCAUGUCAGAAGUAAUAGGCACCCUCCAAAGAAACUCCAUUGCUGAAUUUCAUGUAAUGUAGGGAAUUUCACAGCCUCACUGUUUAUUGGGCAAGCUGAACGAUGAACCCACCUUUUUAUCGGCAAGCGAAGUGAACCAUCCUAGUCGUCUAACAUGUGCUGAUGAUUAUUAGUGCAUGAGUAAAAGAUCGCCAAUCAAACAUGUGUUAACUAAUUCUGCCGUUUUCUCAUACUGCUUAUGUUCCAUACUGCACGCCUAAUAUGGGGAUGUGAAAUCUC